AUGUUAUACGGGACCACUUCGGCUUUCAUCAUGCCCCGCUUGAAGACCGCUUUGGCCUUGCUAUAUACAAAUUUUAUAGAGAUGGAUGUGCUGGUGGAGGGCGUCAAGUUAAGUAACGUACACGUUCACAACAUCGACACUUCGGAAUAUCAGCAACUCAUCAAUUCUGCAGUCUUGUUUGGUACCGGUCGCUUCGGCUUGAUCUACCGGACGGACUGGCGUGAUCGAACUGUUGCAAUCAAGACAUUCGUUGGUCCAAGUUCAGACGUAGGACGGCAGAGAAACGAACUGUUGUUUCAUGCCAUAGCUAAUCAUCCAAACAUUGUCCGAAUCCUUGCCGCCGGUCCAGACUUUCCGAAACGAUGUCAAUUUUACAUGAUGGAGUACGCUACCGGUUCUUCUCUGAACGAAGUUUUGUAUGAGUUUCCAGAUGUAUCAUACACGUUGGCUCAUUCCAUAUCUUGGACCAGUCAAGUUGCACAGGGCGCGGACUACUUGCACCGUAUCUGCACGCCGCGUUUAUGCCAUGGAGACUUAAAGCCAGCCAAUAUGCUCGUGUUUGAUCAAGGACGCCUGGUGAAGCUAACCGAUUUCGGUUCGGCCGGUCCGUUAUCACAAACCACGGAGCAGACGCCGCGUCCUCUUACACCAGUUUACACAGCCCCAGAAAUCGCUUACUUGAAAGCAGUAAUGCCUCUAGUGUACACUGAGAAAUGUGAUGUCUACAGCCUGGCUAUUUCCUUUUGGGAAUUUCUUGCACGCCGACGACCGUUUGAAGAUCAAAGUCGUCCUACUUUUUGGAACCUGUUUAACCGACGGCCAUCAGUACUUCGUGGUUGUCCGGAGGACUUAUGGUCAAUAUGUGAAAGUGGUUGGGCCGAGGAUCCGACAUCACGUCCAACAAUGAUACAAAUCGUUGAGUUCCUGGAAUUUGUUCUUCAGAAGAUAUUGCUAAAGACAACAGGUACAUUGGCCCCUCUCUCCCUACCGGUCUCGCUUCCUCCAUGUACGAAUGAUUCCCCUCAAGAUUCCUGGCCACCCGAAUGUGAUCCUUCCAACUUGCCUCUCACUAGCCAACAUGACUCAUCGGAAGUUUGCAGACAUGUUCAAGCAUCUGAAAGAAAGGACACAUCUUCGGACAUUUCAGCCGAUACGCAGCCGCAACGAGAACUGGACCCUUUGACUGUAUCAUGUGAUUUUGAGACCGAAUAAAACAUCCAUCUAAAUUGGAGUUGAAACCUUUAACCUUGAAAACUCAAGCGAUG